AAAAACUUAUCAUUAUGCUUCUUCAAGUUACUGUGUAAACUCUAUCUUGCUCUCGCCAUUACAGUCCAAAAUCCAAAUAGUUUGUGUGUUUCUUCUCGUGUGUGUGUGUGAACACUCUUUCACAUUUUCAGUACUCCUUCUUCUCCUUAAACUCUUUCAGUUACACUUGUUAUCCAUGCAUAAAUUCCCCCCACCUCUUGCUAACUCUCAUCUUCCCACCAUCCAACUUCCAUUUUCAGAUGUUUGUGUUUAUUAAUGCUUACUAAUCUAGUACGUAGGUUCUUGUCUUUUUAAGGAACUUGGGGGUCAUUUUUCUUUUUUCUUCAUUGAAUCAUCAAUGGAUAACAUGAAAAUCCAAUUUCUGUUAGUGAUUAUUUUUUUUCUGUUCGUUGUUCCGGCGAGUUCAUCGGCCAGGGAUAUCGCCAUUUUACUCCGGGUUAAGUCUGGUCAUCUCGGGGACCCAAAUGGUUUGCUUGCUAAUUGGAAUGAGUCUGCUCCAAAUGCUCCUUGUAGCUGGACUGGCAUUAGCUGUAAUCGGAAAACUGGUCAGGUUGUGGCCAUUGAGUUUGCAAGUUUUGGAAUUUCCGGUCGUUUUCCGGCUGAUUUCUGCCGGAUUUCGACUUUGCAGAAACUCAAUCUGGGUGAUAACAGUUUUGGUGAUUCUAUAUCACCUGAUUCUUGGUCUCUCUGUUCACAUCUUCACUUUCUGAAUAUUUCUUUGAACUUCUUUGUUGGUCAGUUGCCGGAGUUUAUUGCCCAGUUUGAUAACUUGACUGUCCUUGAUGUUAAUUCGAAUAAUUUCUCCGGUGAAAUUCCAGCGAGUUUGGUCCGUUUACCCAAAUUACAACAGCUGAAUAUAGCUAACAAUCUCCUGAAUGGUUCAAUUCCUGAGUUCUUGACGAAUCUUACCGAGUUGACUCGAUUGGAAAUUGGUUCAAAUCCAUAUAAGCCAAGCCCACUGCCUUCCUCAAUCGGUCGACUCAGUAAACUUCAAGUUCUCUUUUUUCGGUAUGCAAAUCUUGUUGGAGAAAUUCCAGAUUCCAUUAGAGACCUGAAAUCUAUUCAGAAUUUUGAUGCGGCAAUUAACAAUCUGACGGGAAGAAUUCCAGAAAGCUUGGGAGAACUGAAAACCAUACAACAAAUAGAGCUCUUUGGAAACCAUUUUUCAGGUGAAUUGCCUGAUAUAUUUUCGGGUCUUGGUUCUCUUUUCAUGUUUGACGUUUCUGAGAACAAUCUCACAGGAAAAAUACCUGAAUCCCUUGCCCGUUUGCACCUGAUAUCUCUGAAUCUCAAUGAUAACCAGUUAGAAGGCAAAAUUCCAGAAAGUUUAGCUCUUAACCCAAAUCUUUGUCAGUUCAAGCUCUUUAACAACAGAUUUUCAGGUACUUUACCUCAAAAUCUUGGUUUUUCAGAUUUAGAUGAGUUUGAUGUCUCCGGCAAUAAUCUAGAAGGUUCUUUGCCGCCUAACUUAUGUUCUAGAAAAAAGCUUAAGACUUUGAACCUGUUUAAUAAUAAGUUCAAUGGGCCAAUCCCAGAAUCCUAUGGGGAGUGUAAUUCACUAGCAUAUGUGCGUAUCCAUGACAACCAAUUCUCUGGUGAGUUACCAGCUGGUUUCUGGGGAUUAGCUAGAUACACAUUUCUUGAACUGCGAAACAACAACUUUCAAGGUUCAAUUCCAGCUUCAAUCUCCAAUGCUCGAGGCCUAACACAACUUCUUAUCUCUGGCAAUAGAUUUUCCGGGGAAUUGCCUGCAGAAAUAUGCAAGUUGGAAGAGGUUGUGAUCAUGAAUAUUAGCAAGAAUCAAUUAUCAGGGGAGUUGCCUUCAUGUAUCACAAGAUUGAAAACGUUACAAAACCUCGAUCUUUCGGAAAACAGGAUCACGGGUCAAAUUCCCAAAUCAGUUAGUUCUUGGAAUGACUUGACUGAAUUGAAUUUAGCUAACAAUCAAUUGACAGGUGAAAUUCCUGGUGAGCUUGGGACGUUACCAGUCUUAACCUACUUAGACCUCGCUGGAAACUUGCUUUCUGGCAAAAUUCCAUCGGAGCUGAGCAAGCUCAAGCUCAACAAAUUCAAUGUAUCAAAUAACAGGCUUGAAGGGAAAGUGCCUCUUUGGUUGGAUGACAAUUAUUUUGUCUCAGGUUUACGAGGUAACCCGGGUCUUUGUAGUCCGGAUCUUAAACCUCUGCCUGAAUGCCCAAAACCCAAAAGUGUAAGCUUGUACGUGGUGUGUAUUUUAUCAGCUUUCGCCUUCAUACUUGUCGGGUCACUUGUUUGCGUUUUACUCAAGGCUAGUAAGCUGCUACCAAUCCGGAGCAAGCAUAAAAGUGUAUGGAGGAUUACUGCAUUCCAACGGGUCGGGUUCACAGAGCGAGACGUGUUAGCUGCACUGACAGAUGACAAUCUCAUAGGAGCUGGUGGGUCGGGUCGGGUAUACCGGGUCAAACUGAAAAAUGGGCAGAUGGUAGCGGUGAAGAAACUUUGGGCGGCUAAGAGGGUAAGAGAAUCCGAGGAGGUGUUCAGGUCAGAGGUGGAGACAUUAGGAAGAGUCCGGCAUGGAAACAUAGUGAAAUUAUUGUACACUGGCAUUGGUGAUGACUUUAGGAUAUUGGUAUACGAAUACAUGGAGAAUGGGAGCUUAGGAGAUGUAUUACAUGGGGAAAAAAUUGGAUUGCUGUUGGAUUGGCCGAGGAGAUUUGCCAUAGCAGUUGGAGCAGCUCAAGGAUUGGCAUAUUUGCACCAUGAUUGUGUGCCUGCAAUAGUGCACAGAGAUGUCAAGUCUAAUAACAUUUUGUUGGACGAGGAUUUCAGGCCCAAAGUGGCUGAUUUUGGGUUAGCUAAGGCAAUGCAACAGGAUACUGAGGGGAGUGAUCAGGCCAUGUCCCAUGUUGCUGGUUCCUACGGCUACAUUGCACCUGAAUAUGCGUACACUCUGAAGAUCAAUGAGAAGAGUGAUGUUUAUAGCUUUGGUGUUGUACUGUUGGAACUAAUAAUUGGUAAAAGGCCUAAUGACUCCUCUUUCGGAGAGAACAAGGACAUUGUCAAGUGGGUGUUAGAGGGUGCACCAUCGUCGAAGAAAGGCGAAGGAAUUGGCCACAUUACAGAUGGAAGUAGCAUUCUUGAUUUGAACCAGCUAGUUGACCAGAGAAUGAAUCCAUCUUCAAGCAAUUACACAGAGAUUAAAAAUGUUUUUGAUGUGGCUUUGCUUUGCACUUCGGCAUUGCCCAUUAAUAGGCCCUCCAUGAGAAGAGUUGUUGAAUUGCUGAAGGAUAGCUCCUUUCCCCGUCCCAAAUAAAUCCAAUAAAUAGCUUUUCACAGUUUCGACAUGUCCUUGCUUUAGUAAUUUGAUACUACUAUAGUAGACUGUAAAGAAUGUGGGAAAUUGGGUGUUUGUUUUGGUAUGCUUGAUGGGGCUUUGUUAAGUGUCAUCACGCAAGAUUUUUAGGUUGAUUUAGUUUGCUGCACUUGUUUAACAAGUGCCUUUUUAGAUUCUCCAGUACACAUAGUAGCUUAACUUAAAGCUAGCUGACCAUGUAAAGCUCAUAUGCAAAGGCUGAACAUUUGAGUUUUUGUUGCAAUAUAUGAACUUUACAUUCAGAUA